UUUUGAAAUAACAUUUUAUGACAAAACAACAAACAACCAGUAUGAAAUACUGUUAUUACUCUCAAUUUAAAAUACCAACUGUUUGUUUUAUUUAACUUGGGAGAGAGACGAAGAACAACUCGGCAACAAUUUAUACGAAUAUCUACAUACCCUUGCGACAACCACCCGCAAGAACUUCAAGAAUUAGACUGAUCAAAUAGAAAUCAACCUUCAAUUGGAAUAUAAACUAUUUUUUAACAUUUUGUAAUGUUUUACAACACAAUGGAACUGCAUCAACGACAUCUAUCAAAUUUUUACAAAUUAUAUACGAAAUAAGUUUGGGGAAAUUGACGACAAAAAGUCUUGACUGAGAAUUAUUGCAAGAACGUUAUCUUAGAAUAAAUUACUUUGCACCUGCAAUUGAGAGACGAAUAUGCCAAGCAUGUCCAGCAUCAAGUCGGAACAGUGUACGAGUACUCCGAAUUCCAGUGGAAGCUAUCAACUACCUGUUAACAUGUCCCUAGGAGCAACAACAUCUGCAGCAACCGUAUCGCCAUCCACGAGGCAUAAUGUUUCGGUGACAAAUAUUAAAUGUGAGGUGGACGAAUUGUCCACGACAAAUGGCAAUUCAUUGCCUAUUAUAGCCAACUAUAACCAUGGAAGUCUGCGAAUACCAUUAUGUGGAGGUGUGGAUAAGGCAAACAACGGCGAGGCGGAAUCCGAUUCAGAGGCGGAGUUGACAAACAUUGAGAAUCUAAAGGUGCGGCGACGUGUGGUAGGCGGCGGAGCAAUGUCGUCGUCAGAUAAGAAUGGCCCACGACCAAUGUCCUGGGAGGGCGAGUUGAGUGAGACGGAGACCAAUCAAACAGAGGAAGAGGUGAUGGAAACGGAGACGGGUGGACAGAAUGGAUCGUCUACGGUGAUAAAGAGUGAAGCUAGCAGUCUGACGGAAACCUUGGCUACCGUGUGCCCCAUUAAAACCGAGCUGGAGCAUAUUGCCGGAGAACUGAAACCUCAUUCCAGUAAAUUAACUCCAGGCUAUCCACUGUGCAAACUGAAAUUGGCCCCCACACAGAGUGAUCCGAUUAAUCUUAAGUAUGAACCAAGUCUGGGUGGAGACAAUUCUCCACUGUUACAUUCGCGUAACAAGUCCAACAGCGGAGGACAUUUACCGUUGCCCGCCAAUCCCAGUCCGGAUUCAGCCAUACAUUCCGUCUACACGCAUAGCUCCCCCUCCCAAUCGCCCCUAACAUCUCGGCACGCCCCCUAUACGCCCUCAUUAAGCCGAAACAACAGUGAUGCGUCGCACAGCAGCUGUUACAGCUACAGCUCAGAGUUCAGUCCCACCCAUUCACCUAUCCAAGGACGACACAAUCCACCGAGUGGCGGCUCCAUAUUUACAGGCGGAGGCGCAGGUCCCCCCCAGUAUGCCCAGCUGUAUCGGCCACUCAACGUCGAAGCAGAGGCUCAAAAUCUAUCAAUGGAUGCCAAUAGCAGCAGCGUCGAUCCCACAGGCUCCUCCAACUCGACUCUGCCGGCCUCACCGGCUGGGAUCUCGCGCCAACAGUUGAUAAACUCGCCGUGCCCCAUUUGUGGCGACAAGAUCAGUGGCUUUCAUUAUGGAAUAUUCUCGUGUGAGUCCUGUAAGGGCUUCUUCAAACGCACUGUGCAAAAUCGUAAGAACUAUGUCUGUGUUCGCGGUGGACCCUGCCAAGUAAGCAUCUCCACACGUAAAAAGUGUCCGGCCUGCCGCUUUGACAAAUGCUUACAGAAGGGCAUGAAACUGGAGGCGAUUCGGGAGGAUCGCACACGGGGCGGUCGCUCCACUUACCAAUGCUCCUAUACGCUGCCCAAUUCUAUGUUAAGUCCGAUUCUCAGUCCAGAUCAGGCGGCGGCUGCGGCGGCAGCAGCAGUAGCCAAUCAACAACAGCAGCGGCUCCAACAUCAAAUGAAUGGAUUUGGCAAUGGAUCAACAUCCCUUCCAGCUAGCCCGAGUCUCGGUGUCACCCCCAACCCCACCUGCAUCAAAACGGAGCAAACGGAUACCUUGUCGACCAAUCAAUCUCCGCGGACAGCAAGCAUUCCGGCGCUAUUGCAGGAAAUCAUGGAUGUUGAACAUCUGUGGCAGUAUACUGAUGCCGAACUGGCUCGAAUUAAUCAGCCGUUGUCAAGUUCCUGGUCUGGAUCUUCAUCUACGUCGGGGGGCUCUUCAAAUGGAACUGGUGGACCAACGUCAAACACUGCCAACAAUGCCCAACAAAUGACCAAUCCACUGCUGGCCAGUGCUGGUCUCUCAUCAAAUGGCGAGAAUGCCAAUCCCGAUCUUAUUGCUCAUCUGUGUAAUGUGGCCGAUCACCGACUAUACAAGAUUGUCAAGUGGUGCAAGAGUUUGCCUCUGUUUAAGAAUAUUUCGAUUGAUGAUCAAAUCUGCCUACUCAUCAAUUCAUGGUGCGAGCUGUUGCUGUUCUCCUGCUGUUUUAGAUCGAUUGAUACGCCCGGCGAGAUAAAGAUGUCGCAAGGUAGAAAAAUUACACUGGCACAGGCAAAGUCCAAUGGUCUCCAAGCCUGUAUAGAACGGAUGCUUAAUUUGACCGAUCACUUGCGGCGUUUACGCGUCGAUCGAUAUGAAUAUGUUGCCAUGAAGGUAAUCGUUUUACUGCAAUCUGAUACUUCAGAGCUACACGAGGCGGUGAAGGUUCGCGAAUGCCAGGAGAAGGCAUUGCAGAGCUUACAGGCUUACACACUCGCCCAUUAUCCAGACACACCGUCCAAAUUUGGGGAACUGUUGUUGCGUAUUCCCGACUUGCAAAGAACGUGUCAGUUGGGCAAGGAGAUGCUGACGAUCAAGACACGGGAUGGCGCUGAUUUCAAUUUGCUAAUGGAACUUUUGCGUGGAGAACAUUGACAAAUGUUCAGAACGACAGUUACGCACAACACACACACAAGUUUUAUAAUUAGUAUUAGUAUAUCUAUUUAGAUGUUAAGCGCUCGAUGUGUAAGCUCUAAAAUCAUGUGCCUAAAAAACCAAAUCCUCAGCAACAACAAUGCCCAAGCAAUUGCUGCUGACUUGCAAGCAAAUAAACCUACGCGCAAAAUUGCCAAAUUUUUAAUACAAAUAAAGAAACUACUUUUACAUAAAUAUAAUAUAUUAGGGCCAUUGUUGGUGCUGUUGAUUUGGUAAAAGUAUAUAGAGUUUUUGCUAUGUAUACAUAUAUACUGACUUUAUGUAUAAAGUAAACUAAAGCACACAUGGAAAAUGAAAAGACUAAGAAAUGUAAUAUUUAACAAAAUAGAAGAAACAUUGAUAGAAAUCAAA